CGCUUUGAGUUUAAAAAAAAAAGAAGGUGCGGAAGGGAAAAGAGGCGGGGAGUUCCAAGUGAGGGAGGAGGUUUCUUUCACCUCGGUCCGCCUGUGCCGAUUAAAGAAGCAGCCUGAGGGGCUUCCUUCCCUUCCCCUCCCCCUCCCUUUCGUUUGUGGGUUCCGAGCCUGCUGAAGGAGAAAAAGGAGGGAGGGGGGGGUGUCACGCCGCGUAAUGAUGUUGGGGUCGCCGGGGCAACAGCCUGGGGGGGCGGGGUCUGGGGUGGCGGCGGCGGCGGCGGCGGGGGGCUCUGCCACUACUGCAUCUGGUGGGGCUGGGGGUGUCGCCGGCUUCCCGUGCGGCGGGGUGUCAGAGAGGAUCCUGGCGCGCUACGUGCAAGACUAUCUGGAGUGCGUCGAGUCGUUGCCGCUAGACAUGCAGAGACUGGCCUCGCUCCUGCGCGAGAUGGACACGCGCUGCCGGGAAGCAUUAAAAGAAAUUGAUGAGGUGUAUGAGAAAUACAGGAGUGAAGAUGAUCCUGCUCAGAAAAAGCGUUUGCAGCAGCAUCUUCAGCGAGCCCUGAUCAACAGUCAAGAGCUUGGUGAUGAAAAAAUCCAAAUAGUCACUCAGAUGCUUGAGCUAGUAGAGAACAGAGCCAGGCAAAUAGAAUCCCACUCUCAGUGUUUCCAAGAUCUGUCAGAUACUGAAAAGACCACUGAAAAGUCAAAAGUGGAUCCUUGUCAGCCAGAAAGAUCUUCACGAAGGCCCCGUCGGCAGCGCACCAGUGAAAGCCGUGAUAUAUGCCAUAUAGCAAAUGGAAUUGAUGAGUAUGAUGAUCAUCCACCUAAAGAAAAGAGAUCCAAAUCUGCUAAGAAAAAGAAACGCUCUAAAGCUAAACAAGAAAGGGAAGCUUCACCAGUAGAUUUUGCAGUAGACCCUAAUGAACCAACUUACUGUCUCUGUGACCAAGUGUCUUAUGGGGAAAUGAUAGGGUGUGACAAUGAACUAUGUCCCAUCGAGUGGUUUCAUUUUUCAUGUGUUGGACUCACUUACAAACCGAAGGGGAAAUGGUAUUGCCCUAAGUGCAGGGGAGACAAUGAGAAGACUAUGGAUAAAUGUACAGACAAAUCCAAAAAAGAUAGAAGGUCGAGGUAGUUGAUGCUCUAAAUCCAUCGAGAGCUGCGUAGUUUUUAUUAAAAACUGUUUAAUAAGCAGACCAGUAUUUUAGAAUAAUGCAUAAAACUAUGCAAUAAUUUUUAAAGUCUAUGGUACUAAUGGAGUAUUAAUAGAUGUUAGUACUUUUGUGGUUUUGAAUAUUCUGCACUAAAAUAACCAAAUUCUUCAAACAGGGUCACAUGGGAGUAGCACAAAGGGGAUUCAAGAGUUCUGGGUCCCUCACUCUUUUUAAUUGCAGAAUUAUGGUGAUGCCUGAUGAGGAAGGACUGGAGGGAUAAUCAUGUUAAGACUGAUAUGUUAACAUCUGUUGCAGUUGUAACUUUAGUCCAUUAUAGCUCAUUCUGCUGAGAACACUUUAGUUCUAUGACGCUUUUAGUCUUCAGAGUCUUAAAAGAUCAUAUUUAAUUGGGGUUAAUCUAGCUUUACAUUUUAAAUCUUUCAAGGUAAAAAGCCAACAUUCUUCUUUAUUGCCUUCCUUGUGGUUUCCGUAUAUGUUGCUAUGUUAAUCUUGUGGUAAUGAGGUUAGAAGCCUGUUUAGAGACAGUAUAUUAAAUGAUAAAAUACUGAUGGCUAGAGAGUUCUACUCACCAUUAUAAAGGCAGUCCUGAACUGAGGCUACUUGAUUUUCCCAUUCUGCUCCUUUCCAUCUUUUAACUCAUGUUGUGCCAUUUUGUCAUUGACUUCUUGGAUGAUGGCAGGAACAUAAAAUCAUGUUGAAAAGUUUACAGAUAUAGUGGAUGCAUAAGUACUAUAAUAUCUAUAGUCUUUGGACAAGUUAUAAGAAUUUGCCUGGACUAAUAUGUUAGCUGGCUUUUGUGCUUUCUAGGCUCUUAGAACUGAGGAAAGUGCAGUGGUAGUAAAAAGCCAAGGAAAGUGCAGUAGUAGUAAAAAGCAACUGCCCUCUUUUAGAAGAGAGAUACAAUAGAUGUAGAUGUAGAAAAAAGAAACUGUUCCUCAAAAGUGUAGUGGCUUUUUGUAAAAUCUUACAAGGAACCACGACAUGUUUUUAGAGCAGACAGUAACUGAAGGUGUUCCAAAACUAGAGAUUGUUUCUUUAAUGGAGUUCUUCGUGCCAAAUUUGAUGACAAACAGUUAUAAUCUCUGUGUAGCUGUCUAGCAUACUACUAUAGGUUUUUUCCAAACAAGGUUUUUUUUCCUCUCUGACAUUUGAGAGGGAUCUAUUUGCAUUUCACAGAAGUUAUAAUGUGCAUAUGAGGCAAUAGCUAUGUAAACGAUAUGGAUAAACAGCCCAAGAACAAAUACAAAAGUUCUGAAUGCUACAAAAAAGUUAUCAUAAACUCUGACCCAGUUACUUCACUUAAGAUGGACAGCUUCAUUUUGUAGGGAUAAGAAGCAGUAUCUCUAGGACCUUAGAUAUUAUCCAGUAUAACUGGGAACUGCUAUUCUUAGACAUCAGGAUUAUCAGUUGAAUUGUUGCUUCUGUACACUGUAGAGUAGAGGCAUAGGAUGCUUGUUUCCAACUUAACCUGACUCAUGCAUUUCCUGGGACACCUUUGAUUGUGAAUAAUUUCCCAGUCAUGAAAGGAACAGCCUCCUUUCGUAAAUAUUACGUCUUCUGUUCCGAGUCUUAGGGGAAACAAACUGCAGGUUCAGAAUAUAGUCAUAUUUGUGUAUUUAUUUUAGAUGUCUAGUUGUUUUUCUCCUUUGUCCUGAACAAAACCAUGAAUGGGUAGGAAAAUUAACACCCAAAGUACUGGCAUGCUGUUGAAAUUCUGGAAAAGAGGAGAUAUUUUCAACAAUAACUUGAUCCCAGCUGAUUUGAUUGAGACUUGAAAAGUUUUGGAUUUAUUGACUCAUGUGCUUAACACCAUAUUCAACAUCUCCCACCGAUCAUAAAUUGACUUGUGUAUUUCAGAUCUGUUUCAAGGCAUGAUAAUUCUGCAACUAGGUAAUGGUGUAUAUUAAAUAUCUGCACUGUUCCUAAACUGGGAAUGCCCAGAUUAGUGUCUGCAAUUCCUAUGUCUCCUCUGCUUCCGACUGACAACCUGACUCUUAACCCUACCUUAGCAAAAUGAUAAUGUUUCCCAUUUUUAAGAAACUGUCAUUGCUAUGAAGUUCUAAUGCAUUUUAAAUAAGUUUGCUUGCUGUGGUUUGACAAUCUCGCUCUUGGUUCUAAAUUUUGUAAGCCUGGGCACAUGCAAAUAAGAAUUGUGCCGCUAAAGUAUAUCAACAACUUGGAUCUAAUAUUUUGCAUGCUAUGGUUUAUGAAUAAAAACCACUUUGGUUGUAAAAAUGGAACAA